AUGAUUUGGCGAUCGCCGGUUGCUGCUGGCGCUGCGGCUGCGCGCUCGGGGCACGCGUCGCCCCUUGGCGCUGCGGGCGCGGCGGCGCGCUCGUGCACCAUCGGCACGCAGACGGAGGACGCGGGCGGCUCGUCGGGCGACGAAGCGCAGGCGUUGCCGGAGCGGCUUCACGCGCAGCGCGGCCCGCUGGCGCAGAGGUUCGGGCGCGCCUUGCGAGUGCCGGACAUCAUGCUGUACGCGCAGUCGGCAGACGAUUUGGAGAACAUGUUGGAACUGCUGAUGGAGGAGUUGGCAGCCGUUGGUUUGCACCUGGACCCUGACAAGACGAAGGUUGUCACUGCCGAGGAGACGGCCGGAGCCAUGUUUAUCGAGGUCGAGAACAACAUGCUGAAGGUCAUGAGCGACAUGGUGGAGCGAACGGGCCAGGGCGAGUCAGGCGGGCGGGACAUGAAAGUCCGGGGCUCCCGUGAAGCAGGGCCAAAAGGGCAGUACGGACCAGGCGGGCGCAACAGGAAGGCGCAGGGCUAUCUCGAGCGCAGCCUUGCCGAGCGGGAGGACGGCGGCGGCGAGAGCGAGUUGCUCGAGGAGGAUGCCGCCCCGGUCGAGGCGGUCCUCGGCGAUGCAGACGCCCCGCGCUGCGGGCACAAGGGGCGCAGCCGCCGCAUCUGGCUCCGCAGCGAGCUGCUGCAGCUCCGCGGCCUGGGCUCGGAGCCGCUGGUCGUGGGCGCAGGGGGCUCCGCCGCCGCGGUGUUGUUCCGGACGGCGCUCCGCGCGGACCUCGGGGAGGGCGGCGCGCACUAG